CAAUUUGAAUGGAUGCCGAAUAAGAAGAUGAUAAUUGGAUGCCUCUUGAAUCCAAUCCUCAAGUCAUGAACGAAUAAGCAAUCAAACUGGGUAUAUCUUAUCACCAUUAACAAAACAAGGCAUUAAUUUGGAACUAGCCUAAUUCCAUGAUCUGCUGGGAUUUGAAGAUUGGGCUUUCGAGAUGAUUCCCUAACCAAUCUAUGGAGUUUUGUUUAAUUUUCCACUCAAAGAAAACACAAAGCAAUUUGUAGAAUAGGAAGCAGCUUAAAUUUAAGAGAAAGGGUAUCGUCUGUGGAUGUAUUUAGUUAACAUGUUUCUCCAAAUCUUUUCUAUAUGAAGUAGUUUGCUAUGAAUGCUUGUGGCACAAUCGCCAUGGUUCAUGUGGCUCUUAAUGCUGACAAUGCCAUCAUUCAAGAGGGGAGCUAUUUGGCAGAUUUUAAAAAGAACGCCUAAGGGAAGACUCCUUAGGAAAUUGGAUAAGCAUUAAAAUAGGCUAAAGAGGUGAAACAGGUUCACAAAGAGGCUGUCUAAUAAGGGGAAAGCGCUUGCUGUGAUGAUAUCAAUCGUCAUUUCGUAGCCUUUGUAUUAAAGGAUGGUGAUAUCUAUGAAUUAGAUGGCUGUAAAGUAAACUACAAUCUUAAAUGAAAUAGUAAUUUCCCAUCAAUCAUGGUAAAUCCACUCCAGAAACAUUUUUAGCUGAUGUGUCUAAAGUAAUUCAAAAGUUCUUUGAGCGAGAUCCAAACGAAGUGUCAUUUUCAACUGUUGUAUUAGCUAAGGCUAUUUAAGAAUGAGAUUCAUUAUAAUAUUG